AAAUAAAAAGCAUGAGACAACUUUGACUUGUUAUUAGUUUGGUUCUUGUAGAAACAGUGCUGGUUCAAAUUCAAACAAUCUUGGUGGAUACACACACUAGUUUCUCCUCCCUCAGAAUGAGUUUAGACUCGUCUCGCUCUGGUAAUUCUAAACGAAGUUUCUCUAAUUCUAUAUCCUCCAACGAUUACAUUAAGAAGAAGAAAAAGAAGAAGACAACCCCCAACCAGAAAACCCUAGGCGCUGCUUGGGGCUCAAAGUCUAAUUCCCGAAAACCCGCCUUCUCCGAUUUUGCCAGUUAUAUGACAGAGAAGAAUCGGAAAUUACACAACCAGUUUGAAGCUCAGGCUUCCACCUCAUCUUUGACUUUAAGUGCCUCUCUAUUCAGUGGAGUUUCAAUUUUUGUCGAUGGUUUCACGAUUCCUUCCAACCAGGAACUGCGGAGCUACAUGCUAAAGUAUGGCGGAAGAUUUGAGAAUUAUUUCUCUAGACAUCGUGUAACACAUAUCAUCUGCAGUAAUCUGCCUGAUAGUAAAGUUAAGAACCUCAGAGCCUUCAGUGCAGGGUUGCCAGUGGUGAAACCCACUUGGAUUUUAGAUUCUGUUGCUGCUAAUAGACUCUUGAGCUGGGUGCCUUAUCAACUUGACCAGCUUGCUAAUAACCAACCAAAACUGUCAGCCUUCUUCACAUUGAAAAGUAGUAAAAUGUCAGAGGAUGCUUAUACAAAUGACCUUUGUCAAGUAGUAUCAGAUAUUGAAGAUUCAUCCAUGAGGGUUGGCCGAUCAGAUUCAGAAGAUAGACACUCAUCCAAAGUUGGGGAUAUGAGUGAACUUAGCGGGCAAAUUAGUACUGAAUCUGAUGAUACUAUACCUGAGAAUACUAAUGCAAUUAUGAUGGAAGAGCUAACUAGUGUUAGAGAGCAUGCAGGAGGAAGCAAUGCUGCUACUAAAGAUGAGAGAAAUGUCAAAGGUGAACUUGAACCCGCUCAUCAAGCACCUUCUACAUCAUUUAGUACUCCAUGCUCAGAUGAGCUGAAUGUAAAAGAAUAUCCAAAUUCUUCAGGCACUAAGCCUUCUAAACAGUGUCAUUCUACUCUUGCAGACCCUAAUUUUGUGGAAAACUAUUUCAAGAGCUCACGACUACAUUUUAUAGGAACCUGGCGAAAUCGGUAUCGAAAGCGUUUUCCCACCUUGUCUACUGGGUUUAACAAUGAAAGUGCUAAUAAUAGUGCCUCUGAUAUUUCUCAUAAUUCAGUCAUUAUCCAUGUUGACAUGGACUGCUUUUUUGUCUCAGUGGUUAUCAGGAACCACCCUGAAUUGUUGGGCCAGCCUGUAGCUGUAUGUCAUUCAAAUAAUUCAAAUGGAACUGCUGAGAUUUCCUCUGCGAACUACCCAGCUCGUAGUCAUGGUAUUAGGGCUGGUAUGUUUGUUCGAGAUGCCAAGGCGCUUUGUCCCCAUCUUGUUAUCUUUCCAUACAACUUUGAAGCUUAUGAGGAAGUAGCCGAUCAAUUUUAUAGUAUAUUGCAUCAGCGUUGCAAGAAAGUGCAGGCUGUAAGCUGUGAUGAAGCAUUUUUAGAUGCCACAGAUUCAGAGGUUGAAGAUCCUGAACUCUUAGCUUCAUCUAUUAGAGAAGAGAUCUAUAAGACCACUGGAUGUACAGCUAGUGCUGGUAUAGCUGGAAAUAUGCUUAUGGCUCGUAUUGCUACUAGAACUGCAAAACCGAAUGGUCAAUAUCACAUAACUACAGAAAAAGUUGAAGAUCAUUUAUGUCAACUCCCAAUUAAUGCACUUCCUGGAAUAGGGUAUGUCUUACAGGAGAAGUUGAAGAAACAGAAUGUUCACACGUGUGGACAGUUGCGCAUGAUUUCCAAGGCUUCAUUGCAGAAGGACUAUGGUAUGAAAACAGGAGAAAUGCUGUGGAUUUAUAGCAGAGGAAUUGAUAACCGGUUAGUUGGAGGCUUUCAGGAAAGUAAGUCUGUUGGGGCUGAUGUAAAUUGGGGUGUGAGAUUCAAAGAUAUAAAAGACUGUGAACACUUCCUAAUAAACCUUUGCAAGGAGGUCUCGUUACGAUUGCAGGGUUGUGGAGUGCAGGGGCGCACUUUCACUCUCAAGAUCAAAAAGAGAAGAAAAAAUGCUGAUGAACCUGCAAAGUUUAUGGGCUGUGGAGACUGUGAAAAUUUGAGUCACUCAGUAACGAUUCCUGUUGCUACUGAUAAUGUGGAAAUACUCCAAAGAAUAGUAAAGCAGUUGCUUGGAUGUUUUUACAUAGAUGUGAAGGAGAUUCGAGGUAUUGGCUUGCAUGUUUCCAGGCUUGAAAGUGCAGAAGCUUCUAAACAAGGUACAGUAAAAUAUACUUUGAAAUCAUGGCUCACUUCUGGAUAUGCAAGUAUUGAAAAUCAGAAAUAUCCUAUGGGUCAUGACAAGCAGAACAGGGAUAGCACUUGCAGUCGUGCUUGUAGAGAUUUGCCAGGGUCUUCAGUAGAAAUGGACAAUAAAAUACCUAAUAACCAAGCAAGUACCAACCCAAUUUCAACACCCCCUCCUUUAUGUAACCUUGAUGUGGAAGUUAUACGGAAUCUUCCCCCGGAAGUAUUUUCAGAAUUAAAUGAAAUUUACGGAGGGAAGUUAAUUGAUUAUAUUGCUAACAGCAAAAGCACAAGUGAGAAUUCUAGCCCUUCAGGCAACUCAUUUUUGGAGCAAGCAAUAAAAAAGGAAGAGGAACUUUCCUAUUCUAAGCCGGUUCCUCAAAACAAUCCAUUAUCAAAAAAUAAGGCAAAGCAGAAUGAGGCAGGCACAGGUGAAGGUGAAGCAGUACCAUAUUCAGUGUGUGGACCCUAUUUCAAGGUUACUCACCAUUCAAGUUUUGAAAAAGAUGAUUUAUUGCCUUCUUCUUUUAGUCAAGUUGAUGGUUCAGUGUUUCAACAAUUGCCUGAGGAUUUGAAAGCUGUCAUUGUUGAGCAGCUUCCUGCACACAGGAGGGCAGAGAUUUGCUCCAAUGUUGUUGUGGCCCCUCCUCUUGAAAACCAUUCAUUGUCAGUAGGCAUUGAAAUUUCUGAGAAUUUUCCUGGAUCAAGUUAUCAUGACAACUUAUGGGCCGGGAAUCCCCCAAAUUGGGUUGGGAAGUUUAAAGUUAGCAGUUGCUUAAUGUUAAAGAAACUUGCAGAAAUGUAUUACAAAUCAGGGUUGACUAGCACAUUAUCCUUAGUUUUGCACCAAAUUAUAUCUGAAUUCUAUGAGCUAAAUCUGGCCCAGCAGUUUUCUGAUGAAACUGUUAACAUUAUGUGUGAGCUACUGAGGCAGUAUAUCAAAGUGAAGAUAGAAAGAGAUAUUGAAGAGAUUUAUAUUUGUUUUCGGCUUCUGAAAAGGUUUGCAGCUAAGUCCCAGUUUUUCCUACAAGUAUAUAAUAGUGUAUGUCCUUACCUUCAGGCAACUGUUGAUGACAAUUAUGGAGGGACUUUGCUUUUAUAAUCAUAGUAGCACUCAAAUGAGUGAAUUCUUACCUACUAUGGGAAACUUGAGCAAAAUUCUCUGGUUUAACUGAGGUCAGAUCCAAUUCAACAGUUGCUAUUCACCACUGAUGCUGCUGAGGUGUCACAGUGAAAUGGUACUGUAGCUCAGUCGACUUUCAAAAGGCAGAAGAUUAAUUAAUUUUCUGCAAGUGAGGCAUGUGGGGAUUGGGGACCGUACUUUUUCCAAUCAAAUUACACGUAACUUGACAUUGACGCCAAAUCCAAGACUCCUUGGAAGAGUAGUUUUCUUGCCACUAGCAAUUGGAAUGAUAUAAACAUCUCUCCAUUUUCGAGUGGAUUGAGGUGGAAGAAAGAGAGAAACAAGGAAAGGUAAAGACAGGAGAGUAAGUAAUAUAUGUGACGAGAUUGGGAAAAAAAGAGAUAUGAAGAAAAUGGAUUAAAAAUAAAGUGGAAGAGAAAGUGAAUAUAUGUUUAUAAUUGUUAUUUACAAGUCAAUACUCCUACAUUGCAUCUGGUUGGAAGCGGAGAAAUUUGACCAACCAAUUUCAUUCUCACAAGAGCGGCUGUUUAAUUUGGCUUGGUCUUUCGCCAAAUUAAUUGGUAGUACAUACGAAUUUGCUUUUUAGAUUUUUGCUUCAAAGAAUUGUUUAUGUCAAGAUAAUUGAGAGAUGGUUAACUUUUGAAUAAGUACCCAUGCUUGACUUCUGAAACCUAAAUAUACUGCCUAGAUUAAUUUCUUAUAUAAUCUUAAUCCAAAAUCAAUUACAUUUAUUUACU